AUGAGAUGGGCGAAUGAGUUAAAUAUAUCACCGUUUUAUUAUUGUAUGAGAGAUGAAAUAAAUGAUCUCAAAUAUAAGAAAGACACUAAAAAACCUAACACUACAGCGUGGAUAAAUAAAGCGAAACCUUACUUUGUGGAUCAAAUCGGAGACAUUCUUCAAGGUGAUUUACAUAUGAACAAUUUCAAAGUAACUAAUUUAAAAUCUCCAGAAAAUGAUAAUGACGCUGUUCACAAGAAAUAUUUACGGGAUCAAAUAAAUUCAAUUGAAGUAAAUAAAAACCAUUUAGAAGAUAAAAUGAGUAAUGUUAAAAGAUUCUUCAAACGUCAACUAAAUAAUAAGUAUUUUAUUAAUGAUAAUGAUAAACUACAGCAAGAGGUAGCAGGUUUAAUAAGUUUUAUUCAAAAACAAUUGGUCAGCGUAGUGAAUAAAACUCAGUUACAAAAUUUAAUUUCAUUAAUAUCUAAAUUAGAGGAUAAGAUUGCAAAACAAAAAUUAGACAUUCAACAAUUAAUAGAUAACAUUCCAGAUGAAAAUGAAGAUGCGUUUCAACAGGAAUUAAAUGCUCUGGAAACUAAACUUAACGGUGAAUUACAAAAAUAA